UGCCCCCCCCCGCGCUCAGCGUGACCCCAGAAGCCACAUCCCUCCGGCGCCUGCGCUCGCUGCAUCUCCGGAGCCAUCGUCACGGGUUCCCAUGGCGUCCUACCGCAUCCGGCAGUACCAGGACAAGGACUUUGACGCCGUGCGGACGCUGUUUGCCCGCGGGAUGCUGGAGCACAGCCCGGCCGGGUACCGCCACGUCCUGCGCUCGGCCCGGGUGCAGCUCCAGCUCCUCGUCCUCUUCGUGCUGGUGCGUGCGGCCGGCGGCUUCUGGCUGCUGGGGCUGGGGGCCGUGGCGCUGGCGCUCGUGGCCAUCUGGCUCCUGGUGCGCUCCUACUCCACCACCUACGUGCGGCAGGCGCUCGGCACCGACCUGGCCGACGUGCGCGGCUCCUACCUGCGCUCCCCGCACGCCUGCUUCUGGGUGGCCGAGGCCGGCGGCGCCGUGGUGGGCACGGUGGCGGUGGAGCCGCCGCAGGACCCGGCCGAGCGGGCCGUGGCGCUGGAGCUGAAGCGGCUGUCGGUCAGCAGAGAGCACCGGGGCUGCGGCAUCGCCAAGGCGCUGUGCCGGGAGGUGCUGCGCUUCGCCCGCGCCCGCGGCUUCGGCGCCGUCGUCCUCUCCACCUCCAUGGUGCAGGUGCCGGCGCAGCGGCUCUACGAGAGCCAGGGCUUCCGCAGGGUGGGCACCACCAGCCCCUCGCUGCUCGCCUCCCUCCUCUGCUUCCAGGUCUUCCGCUACCGCUGCGACCUGCCCGGCCCCGCCGCGGCCCCGCCGCGCUAGGGAACGGCACCGGAACCGCGGCACCGCAGCCCCGAGGGAGGUGAUGCCACGGCACCUCGGGUGCUGGGCCUGGCGUGCGAGGCACGGCUGUAGUAUCCCUGGCACCGCUGCAGCAUCCCUGGCACCGCUGCAGCAUCCCUGGCACUGCUGCAGCAUCCCUGGCACAGCUGCAGCAUCCCUGGCGCCGCUGCAGCAUCCCUGGCGCUGCUGCAGCAUCCCUGUCACAGCUGCAGCAUCCCUGGCACCGCUGCAGCAUCCCUGGCGCUGCUGCAGCAUCCCUGGCACAGCUGCAGCAUCCCUGGCACCGCUGCAGCAUCCCUGGCACCGCUGCAGUAUCCUUGGCACCGCUGCAGCAUCCCUGGCACAGCUGCAGUAUCCUUGGCACCACUGCAGCAUCCCUGGCACAGCUGCAACAUCCCUGGCACCGCUGCAGCAUCCCUGGCACCUCUGCAGUAUCCUUGGCACCACUGCAGCAUCCCUGGCACAGCUGCAGCAUCCCUGGCACAGCUGCAGUAUCCUUGGCACAGCUGCAGCAUCCCUGGCACAGCUGCAGCAUCCCUGGCACAGCUGCAGUAUCCUUGGCACUGCUGCAGCAUCCCUGGCACAGCUGCAGCAUCCCCCAUAACCACAGCAUCCCCAGCAUGCAGGGCACCACUGCAACAUCCCCAGCACCACUGCAGCAUCCCCAGCAUGCAAAGCUCCACUGCAAAAUCCCUGGCACCCUAAGCACAACUGCAGCAUCCCCAGCACGCAAGGCUCCAUCACAGCAUCCCCUAACACACUGGGUACCAUUGCAGCACACCCAGCAUGCUAGGCUCCAUUGCAGCAUCCCCUAACACACUGGGUACCACUGCAGCAGACCCAGCAUGCUAGGCUCCAUUGCAGCAUCCCAUAUACGCUAGGCACAACUGCGGCAUUCCCCACCACUGCAGCACCCCUGGCACCGCCACAGCAUCCCCAGCACCCCCAGCACCAUUGCAGCAUCCCCAGCACCAUUGCUGCA